CCGUCACCAGUCGGGACCGCCACGCCGCCAGUGACAGCGAUGAGCACCUCCAGAACGGUCACGGAGCAGGUAGCGCCGGUGCUGCGGCUGCGGGCGUCCGAGCAGGAUGACCGCGGCUUCCUGGCCGAACUGUGCGCCGGCCUCCAGGUGGCGCCACUGCCGCCGCCCCGGCCCAGGGAUGAGGCGCUGCCGCACGCGCCCGUUCGCACCACCCACCUCACGCCCGAGGAGGAGCAGACGGCACUGCGCAACGCCCUGCGGUAUUUCCCGUCGGAGUGUCACGGCGAGCUGGCCCCAGAAUUCGCCACCGAGCUGCGUCUGCAUGGGCACAUCUACAUGUACCGCUUCAUGCCCGACACGGCACGCAUCAGGGCUUACGCGCUGCGCCUCUACCCUGGCGCGUCGCGUCAGGCUGCCGCCAUCAUCCUGAUGAUCAUGAACAACUUGGACCACCGUGUGGCCCAGUUCCCACAGGAGCUCGUCACAUACGGAGGGAAUGGUCAAGUGUUUUCCAACUGGGCACAGUUUCGCCUGACGCUGCACUACCUGUCGACGAUGACUGACGAGCAGACGCUGGUGCUGUAUUCGGGCCACCCGCUCGGCCUGUUUCCGUCCAGCGUCGGCGCGCCGCGCGCCGUCAUCACCAACGGCAUGGUCGUGCCUCAGCACUCGAGCCGGCGCGACUACGACCGCCUGUUCGCGCUCGGCGUCACGCAGUACGGCCAGAUGACGGCCGGCAGCUACUGCUACAUCGGGCCGCAGGGCAUCGUCCACGGCACCACGCUGACAGUGCUGAACGCCGGGCGGCGCUACCUUGGCUCGUCGGAGCUGGCUGGCCGCGUGUUUGUCACCUCAGGCCUAGGGGGCAUGAGCGGCGCCCAAGCAAAGGCGGCCACUAUCAGUGGCUGCGUUGGCGUCGUGGCCGAGGUCAGCAGGGAGGCUAUCGACAAGCGUCACGCGCAGGGGUGGCUGGACGAGGUCAUCGACGACCUGGACGAGCUGGUGGCGCGGAUACGCUCAGCGCGCGCCGAGCGCAGCACGAUCAGUAUCGGCUUCCAUGGCAACGUGGUGGCCGUCUGGGAGCGACUGGUGGAGGAGCACCGCAGCUCGGGCGAGCUGCUGGCAGACCUCGGCUCGGACCAGACCUCGUGCCACGCGCCCUUCUCUGGUGGCUAUUACCCGGUGCAGCUGGGCUACGAGGAGGCGCGCCGGCUGCUGGCCGAGCGACCGGACGAGUUUGCCGAGCUCGUGCGCGCGUCGUUGGUGCGCCAGGUGGUCGCCAUCAACUACCUGGCUGAGCGUGGCAUGACCUUCUGGGACUACGGCAACGCAUUCCUGCUGGAGGCGCGCCGCGCCGGCGCCGACGUCUCUCGCGAUGACGACCCGAACGGCCUGCGCUUCCGCUACCCCAGUUACGUGCAGGACGUGAUGGGCGACAUCUUCAGCUUGGGCUUCGGCCCUUUCCGCUGGGUGUGCAGCUCCGGGGAGCCGUCUGACCUAGCGACGACUGAUGGCAUCGCCGGUCGAGCGAUGGAGCAGAUCACGAAUGAAGAUCUGCCUGAGCCGGUGACACAGCAAUACCGGGACAACCUGCGCUGGAUCCGUGAGGCGGGCCAGCACGGUUUGGUAGUCGGCUCCCAGGCACGCAUCCUCUACUCGGACUGUCGCGGCCGCUCCGCCAUCGCGCUGGCUUUCAACGCCGCCGUCCGGGACGGCACGCUUCAGGGGCCGGUGAUCAUCAGCCGGGACCACCAUGAUGUGAGCGGCACGGACUCGCCAUACCGCGAAACCUCCAACGUGUACGACGGAUCGGCCUUCACCGCAGACAUGGCCGUGCAGAACUGCAUUGGCGACGCUUUCCGCGGCGCCACCUGGGUUGCGCUACACAAUGGGGGUGGAGUAGGCUGGGGCGAAGUGAUGAACGGAGGAUUCGGCAUGGUGCUGGACGGAUCCGAGGAGGCUGACCGCCGCGCCAGGAGCAUGCUGCACUGGGAUGUCAACAAUGGCAUUGCUAGGAGGAGUUGGUCCGGCAACACCAAUGCUGACCUGGCCAUCUCCCGAGCCAUGGCGGACGAGCCUCGCCUGCGGGUCACACGCGCCCACCGCGUGCAGGAGCACGGCCUGGUGGAGCGGGCGCUGUCCCAGUGACGCCACGUCAGCUGCGCCGCCGGUCGGCCCACGGCUGGGUCACCGGGUGGAUGAGAAAGCCCUGAAGAAGGGGCGCCCCCAAACUGGCGGCUAAGAUCAGCUUUUGUGAUGGGAACUAAUGUGAAGUCAAGACUAAAUGCUGGCCAACCGCCCUCGCCGCCGUCCGUGAGACGGAGGGGCGCUGGGCCUCAGCUGGUGCGACACUCACCCAGGUCGGGUAGGCUCCGAAGCGACUCUCGAUAUGCAUACUCAGUUAUAUUGCGAAUGUGGGGCAGCGCUCGUAGAUGUCGCCGCACCAUUUCUGAAAUGUUGAGUCCUGGCAAACGCAUAACGUCGGAUAAGGUUGUUGGUGUUUACUCACAGCCCAGAACCAAAAUAAAUCGAAUAAACGCUUUGGCUCUGCUUUA